AUGAUACUGGUGACUGGAUUUCUCAUCAUAUGGCUAGCUGCUGCCUUUGCCGCCGUUGUCGUCAAGGGUGACGCCGGCCAGCAAGCUGGCAGUUUCUCCAGACGAGUCCAACCACUACAGGACGUGGCUAUCAGCUACAACAGUGUUUCAUUCGAUACAGAUUGGGGACUUCUAGAAGGCGCGCCUGGGAACGCCGUUGCGCAGGGAGUGUUUGCUUUAGACGAGUUGUUCUCGGCUGCUGCCGCGGUCGUUGUGUACUUCGUUCCGUGGGAAAAGGUGUUCGAAUACGUCAAGCGGACGCUGUGGAAGAUCUGGGACUAUAUCUGUGAAGUGUUGACCUGGAUCUGGGGAGAAGAUUAA